AUGCCGAGGACUCACGGUCGCCGUGAGGACUCCGUGGCCAUGCGGCGGCGGGCGGGCAGGCCCCCGGCAGUGCCCCGGGGCAGGGGGACACUGAGCUUUGCCAGCAGCAUCCUCUUGCUGGGCCGUUCCACCCUGCAGCUCCCGGCACUCUGGUGGUACCUGUUCCUCUGCGCCGACGCCCAGGAGGUCGCCACGUUCACGGUGCAGUACCGGGUGUUCGAGGAGGUGCCACCGGGGACGGUCAUUGGGACACUGGCUGAGCACUUCGAGGGGGGCGAGAGCGGCGACACAGCGGAGACCUUCCAGCUGAUGGAGACCCCCGGGAGGUUCCCUCUGCGCGUGGGCAGCGGGGACGGGGCGCUCAGCACGGCUGGGCGGGUGGACAGGGAGCAGCUGUGCCGGCACAGUGAUCCCUGCUGGGUCUCAUUUGAUGUGCUGGCUGCCCAAAACCUGGCGCUGAUCCACGUGGAGGUUCAAGUGCUGGAUGUCAACGACAACGCGCCGCGGUUCCCCACGCCCGAGCUGGAGCUGGAGAUUUCGGAGAGCGCGUCCCUGCAGACACGGAUCCCGCUGGAUCGAGCCCUGGAUGCUGAUGCUGGCCCCAAUGCCCGCUGCUCCUAUGCCCUCUCCCCCAGUGAGCACUUUGCUCUGGAGGUCAUCUCCAGCUCCGAUGGGAUGAGGCACGCGGAGCUCGUCGUGGUUAAAGAAGUGGACCGGGAGCUGCACUCCUCCUUCGACCUCGAGCUGACGGCCACUGACCACGGGGAGCCACCAAAAUCAGGUACUGCUUUAAUUAAAGUCAUUGUCCUCGACUCCAAUGACAACAGCCCCGUCUUUGCAGAGAGCUCCUUGACAGUGGAGGUUCGGGAGGAUGCUCUGCCCGGGACCCUCCUUGUGACGGUCACGGCCACCGACCCCGACCAGGGUCCCAACGGGGAGAUCGAGUACAGCCUGAGCAAACACGCGCCCCCCGAGGUGCUGAGCACCUUCAGCGUUGACGCCCGCACGGGCAGCAUCAUCCUGAAGCACCCUCUGGACUACGAGGAAACCCACACCUACGAGCUGGAUGUGCAGGCCCGGGAUCUGGGUGCCAACCCCAUCCCAGCACACUGCAAGGUCCUGGUCAAAGUCCUGGACGUCAACGACAACGCUCCCGACGUCCACGUCACCUGGGCCGCGCGGGUGCCCGUGCUGUCCGAAGCCCUUCCCAAGGACAGCUUUGUGGCUCUGGUGACAGCCAGUGACCCUGACUCAGGAAGCAAUGGGCAAGUGCUUUGCUCCCUCAGCCAAGGGGACGAGCACUUCAGGCUGAAGAGGACCAACAGCCACAGCUACGUGCUGAUGACCAACGCCGCGCUGGACAGGGAGCUGCGCGCCGAGUACAACCUGACGCUGGUGGUGCGGGACCUGGGGGACCUGUCCCUGGCCGUGCUCAAACACCUCACCAUCUGCAUCAGUGAUGUCAAUGACAACGCCCCGGCCUUCGACAGGGCCAACUACGAGGCUGCUGUUGCUGAGAACAGCGAAGCACCUGCUUUCCUGCUCACUGUCCGUGCCACUGACCCCGACCUGGGCUUCAACGGGAAAAUCACCUACAGCAUCCCAGACUCCUCCGCUUCGGCUUUGGUCUCAGUCGACCCCACCACCGGGGAUGUUUUUGCCCUCCAGGCUUUUGAUUAUGAGCAGGUGAGUAGCUUGGAGUUCUUGGUGACUGCGGAGGAUGGAGGUCACCCCAAGCUGGCAUCCAACAUCUCCAUCAGGCUGGCGGUGCUCGACCGCAACGACAACGCGCCCGUCAUCACCAUGCCAGUGCUGGUGGGAGGUGCAGCCACGCUCUCUGUCCUGGUCAGUGUGGAGACAGGGUGCUUCUGGGUGGUCCCUGGGAACAGGAGCACCCAAGGGGCUGCAGCAGAGACCAACACAACACUCGUAUCAUGUGCUGGCAGUCCCUUCCUCUUCACCAUCGUGGCCAGGGACGUGGACUCUGGCAGCAAUGGGGCUCUCCGGUAUGAUCUGGUGGGGGGGGAUGAUGCUGGGCUCUUCAUCCUGGACCCUCUCUCCGGGCAGGUCUUCCUCAAUGCCAGCAAUGCCAGCAGCCUGGCCGGCAGUGAGCGGGAGCUGCUGGUCCGGGUGAGCGACGAGGGGGACACCCCCCUGCACACCCUGGCCCGGCUCCGCUUGGUUUUCCGGCAUCACGGGGCGUUCUCCAAAAUCUCAGCCCAGGACCCCGGGUGGCUGAGCCUCUCCGUGGUGGUGGUGAUCUGUCUGGCUGCUCUCCUGGGUGGGUGCCUUCUCCUCCUGGCUCUGACCCUGUCUCUGCGGAAGAAGGAGAAGAAGGAUGGCAUGGCCUACAACUGCAGGGAGGCAGAGGAUGCCCGCAGGCAGCAGCAGCUCAAGAAGCCACCCAGGCAGAUCCAGAAGACUGACAUCCACCUCAUCCCGCUGCUCCGGGGCCGCCCUCGGGAGGUUGAGCCCCCCCAGCCCUGCCAGGAGGAUCCAGCUGGCACAGCCCCCCCUGUGCCAGGGGGCUACCCACAGCCUCCCCUCCACCUCACCCCCACUCUCUACAGGACCCUGAGAAAUCAGAGGACUCAAAAAGACUCAGAGGAGCAGCAGGAGACCUUCGAGCUGCCCAUCCUGCAGCGCCGGCCCUGCCAGCCCCACAGACCCAAACAUUUGGGGAAAGAGGCCGCGAGCCCCCCGGAAGCACCAAAGCACAGCAAGAGCCUGGUGAAGCCACCCAUGGGACAGCCCCAGCUGCCACCCGAGCAGCCCGUGGGUGCUGGAGGGCCUGGGCAGCCCCAGCCCCACCAGCAGAUCCUCCGGAGCCUGGUGCGGCUGUCGCUGGUGGCCCUGGCAGAGCAGAGCCCCACGGGGGAGUUCGCCAUGGAGUCACCCCCAGUGCAGCAAAUCUCCCAGCUGCUCUCCCUGCUGCACCAGGGCCAGUUCCAGCCCAAAACAAACUACAGGGGAAACAAGUACACGGCCAAGAACGGCAGCAGGGCUGCAGGGCUGGACACUGACUGCCAGAGCACGAAGGACAGCGGGCACGGCGAGAGCGAGGCCGAGGACCGCGACUCCGACAGCGGCUUCGAGCUCUCGGUGCCGCAGCUGGUGGGAGAGGAACUGGAGACCCUCCUGGAGCCACAGGCAGAGCUGGCCCUCAAGAGGCUCACGGCUGCAGACCCGGCGUGGAUGGCCCGGCUCUCCUUCCCCCUCACCAGCAGCUACAAGGACAACGUCUUCUCCCCUGACAACCCCCACUCCUCUCAGGAGGAGGAGGCCGCAAGGCAGGAGAAACCAAGGACCUUUGAGACCUUUGGCAAAGGUGCUGGGGCUGACUCCAGCGCUGCUGGGACGAGGCUGACCAGCACCUUCCUGUCGGAGAUGAGCACCCUCUUUGAAAUGAUUCUGUCCCAGAAGGUCCAAGUCCACAGCGAGACAGGCGCGGGGCUCCUGCGGCAGCUGUCGGCACGUGGGAAGGGCCUGGGGCUGGAGGACACUGCUGCUGUUCUGUAGGUUCUGCUGGUGCCUGUGAGAAGGAGAUGGGAGUCAGACAGAGCCUUGGGUGCACACGUGGGCUCCAGCAGGGUCACUGUAUCGCCCAUGUCUAGACAAUCCCAACAGGCAUGGUCCUUCCUUUGCCUCGCCCCAGCAACUUUCUCCAUCACUGAUUUCACCUUGUUUAGUUGCCCUCUACCUGCCUGUCCUUGCCUUCCUCCCCUUCCAGCCUCCCAGCACACUCAGGUCACCCCUUCCUCCCAGGACAGGCUAUGAGGGGAUGGGGGGUUGUUGGAACAACAGCACAGCAAGGAACGUCCACAUGAUCAGACUGUGCACCACGGACAUCCAGAUACCUGUCAUGGACUCUGACAUGUGCUGCAGAGUUGGGCUCCAGGAUUUCAGUUAUUUAAAUAAAACUUUUUUUCUAACAUUACCCUCUCUGGAACAAGGUGCAGUGUAGCUGACAAACGUGCAGGAAGCCUGGAAUGGCAGCUGGGAAAGGAGAGGAUGUGCCUGUUGUCUCCCACUGAUCCUUCCAGCUUUUGUGGUUCUACCACUGUGAAUUUGCAUUUUGUUAAACACCCCAAAAUCAGCACUGGCAUCUCUCCUAUGGCUGCACCAGGUGCUCACAAAUUCCUUCCCCAUAACAAAUGGACGUGGCACUCGGUGCUCUGAUCUGGUUGACAAGGUGGUGACAAAGGCUGGACUCAAUCUUGGAGGUCUUUUCCAACCUUAAUGAUUCUGUUCUAUUCGAUUCUCUUUGGAGGCCGUUGGAUUUUGGAGCAUAGUCCUUAUCCAGAAGCAGACAACAGAUGGCUGGAGUCUGCCAAAGGUAACCUGGGAAAAGGGAAGCGUGAAAACACUGUUUUGAAAUAUUCAGUCUCCAGCUUCACCCUUAUUAUGGGUUUUCACUUUGAUCUGUCUGUGUGUGAGCUGUAAGACAGUUUUGGGAUAAUUGCAUGGGUGGGAAAACUAAGAUAUUGGUAACAAAGGAGGAAGCACACAGGUGUUUGUGCUUCCCCAGGGUGGAUCUGCACUCACAGAGAAUGGGAAGGCAGCUGCAGUGCAUCCACAGGCUCCCCAGCAGUGUGUGGAUGGCAGGGAAGGGAUUUUGGAUCCUGCACACACGGGGGACUCUUCUCUGUACCAGAGU